CCUGGUCGGUCGAAUGGUAGCGCUAAACUAAACUCCUGUAUUUAUAUUACGCAGCGUAGAAAAUGGCCGAAAGGGCCCAGAGCUACUUUUGUAAUGUAGUUGAAAGGUAUCCAUGAUAGGAAGAAGACGAAGUGUAGCUGAGUGUGGGAAGGGAGAUACAAAACAUCCUUAUCAUCCUUCUCAUUUCUUAGCUUAUAGAUCAAACAGAAACAGUCAGUCCUGGGAUGAAAGCUCGUCUUAUGACGGAGAUAGACCCGGCUCGAGGUUGACAGUUAUUCAGAGUCCAUGUCACAGCCACGAGUACGAAGAUGAUCUUAGUAUCGUCGACCUGGACUCUCCUGGAUUCAUUGACGAGACGAAUCCAGUUUCUCCGUGUGAGGAACCCACUGGACCAUUCCACUGUGAGGAAUGUUUAAAGAAUUUUCCAAGUCCCGGUAAACUUCGACAACACGAGUUGACACACUCAGGGGAUACUCCGUUCGAGUGUUCAGUUCCAGGUUGUGAGAAAAAAUUUACUUCCAAGUUUAAGCUGAAGAGGCACAUUCUUAUUCAUUCUCAGAACAAAACAUUCUCUUGUGAUACAUGCAACAGAGCAUUUCGUAGGAAAGAUCAUUUAAAAAAUCACGAGAAAGUCCACGACCCCGGUAAAACUGUAUAUUCCUGUAACUAUAGCAGAUGUCCUAGAACAUACAAUUCAAUCUCAAGCUUUAAAAAGCAUCAGGCCAUGCACUCGGCAGAAGAAGGACAGCUAGACUGCAAAAUUUGCAAAACCAUUUGGGACAAUCAGGAUGAACUGAUGAACCAUCUAAAGAUCCACACCGGAUCACGAACAACCAAAGGAUUAUUGGAUAAAAAGUUUGCAUGUAAUCAAUGUGAGAGAAAGUUCUUUACGAGAAAGGAUUUGAAGAGACACAGUGUUGUGCACACGGGGAACCGUGAGUUCAGUUGUCCUCAUUGCUCUCAAAGGUUUGGAAGAAAGGAUCAUAUGACAAGACACGCUAAGAAAACUCAUCAGCAGUUUUAUGAUCCUGAACAGCUGAGACUCAGGACUCCAACCCCAACCAAGCUGGAGAUUGCCCGGAGCUCGCGCAGUGAGCGAUCAGUGUCUGAUCCUGGACCUACUCCGCGCUCUAGGUUCAGCCCGGAGAAACUAGCCCCCGUCACAAGUCCGACCCAUGUUGUUGUUGAUUUUCAGAAACUUGGAACUGAAGAUGAAUCCGCCCCGUCUUCCACAAUAUCCUAUUUAAUGGACUCCGAGAAGAAUUAUAUCCAGGAGGACCGGAAGCCUAGCUCUCUGUACUCAGCUACUGAUAUAGUUGGACAGGAGAAUAUACCCGGUUUAAACACGGACGGAGAUCAAUUAUUUAUCCUUCCUGACAAAAUCAAUGCACAAAUGUCAGAUAAUUCAUUUGAAACAAUAAAUCACUCUCAACUUCAGGGAUAUGAUAUUAAGCCCUCUCUUCGUAUGAUUGAAAGGAAGUACACGGAUAUGCCUCCCCUGAUUCCAAUAGAGACCGAACAUCUAAAGAAACUGGAAACCUACUCCGAGGAUUCAAACUCUGCUGAGAAUGCUAUGAAGGAACUCCUGGAGGAGAAGGAUAAUAUUGAUUUUGAUUCCUUCAUCAAUGAAAUAGGAGUAGAUAUCUUCCAGAAGAAACCAGCCAGAAUCUCUUCAAAUACGUAUGCCGAGAUUAAAGAUGAACCGAGAUCGUGUCCCGGUUCCCCCGAUCCUGCAACCAUUAUGACAUUCCCCCAAGUUGAUCCUUUAUCCGGGUUCUGCUCUAAUCUGGAGGCGAAACCGGUUCCAAAACCUAUAUUUAUAAGAACCCAGAGCCAGGAUUCCCUGACUCGGACGAAGAACCCUGUUUUGCCUAGUAUUCAUUUCGAGGGAAGCCUAGUGGUUCCGGAACCUAAACAAGUUCGAUAUUCGUCUCAGGAUCCGUUUACUCUGGAGUACGAUGACGAAUCUCAACAGUUAACGGAAUUGAAAGGAAGUCUUUUCAUGACAGAUGAGGAAAAUCAAGCUUAUUUUCAACCUUGGAAUUAGGAUUUAUAUCCAUGUAGGAUUUAUAUUCUAUAACCUACACCGGAGCAAUUGUCUUUAUCCUACUCGGAGCCUCGAUAUUCAUCCUACUCAUUUAUACCUCAAUCGUAGGUAGGAUAUUUACUCCACCCUGGAGCAGGAUCUAUAAUCUAACCUGGAGCAUAAUCUAUAUCCCAACCUGGAGCAGGAUUUACAUCCCACCCUGGAGGAGAAUCUAUAUCCCACCCUGGUAGCUAGGACCUAUAUCGAACCCUGGAGCAGGAUUUAUAUCCUACCCAUAGAACUAGGAUUAAUUCCUUUCCUGGAUCACGAUUUAUUUCCUAACCUGGAGCUAGGAUAGCGAAAGUUCUCUGGGCAAACGCCCCUCGUAUUUUCAAAAUACUUUAAACAAUUAUUUGCAUAAAAGUAAUCUAAAAUUUUUCUAAAAAUCGACCCUGCAUAUUAUAUAUUCCCACCCUUCAAGGAACCUGUGAAUAUUAAGUUUGAAAGUUUAAAGUAAGCAGUAUUAUUAAUAUUUCUGUCUGGUCCAUAUCUAUAUAUUUAGACCUACGGUAGAACGGGUGCAAUAAUUCAAUACAGGUCUUUGUUCCACCAGAAUUAAUGUUUGAUCAACCCCUGAUAUAUUUUUAUAAAUUUUGUUUAAUCCCUUAAUAUGCUCUUGAAUCACAAUUUGAAUGUUUGCGAUAUAUUUAUAUUUUGUAAUUAUCUUGUAUCAACAUAUAUUCCUCAGAUUUAAGUUAAGUUUAUCAUAUAUUUUUUCAAUGCAUCAGCAGUGAACACUAUUUUUCUAUAAAUGUGAAAAUGUGAAAGUUAAAAACUAUUGAAUCCCGCUGAACUGCUCAAUCCAACAUCAACUCAAGACUGGAGUUUGAACUAAAGAGGAGCAGUGUGUGUGAAUGAAUCCUCGCAUGAUUUGAAAACUAUUUUUGUAUUCUUUAAUAUUGUGAGUUAAAUUGCUGGUUAAGUCAAACUCCGGAGAUAUGUGAACCCUCUUUUCUCUGGACAAUUAUCCUAGUUUAAUGCAAUGUUAAUCCGAACACGGAUCGUGUAUUCGUCCUGUAAAUAAAUGGAUCCGGACCAAACUUAUGAAAAGUGAACAUUUGUCAAAAUUGUUUGAUUUCGUAGUUUUUAAAUUUUGCAACGUGACGAAGAUAUAAGCCGUUCGUUAAACGGCACUUCAGAUUUUUGGUUUAUUAAGAACAUGUAAUCUAUAUUAUAAUUGAUGUUUUGCUAAUUCCAAGUUUGACCCGGAUCCUAAGCACUGUUCGUAUUCUAGGAUAAUUUCGAGUUCGAUUUUCGAUAAAUCAUAUUCACCGGGGUUCGGAUCUCCUUGGUUUGAAUUUACUCAGUUUUUUCAUAUUCAAACUUUUUCACAAAAGUUUCCAAACCAAAUAUUUUGUCAGAAUCUCUGGAUGUACAAACCUGCCAGGUUUAUGAUCAAGGUUUGGUUGGUGUCUAGUAUACCUGGUACCUGAGAGCAAAUUUGUAUUUAAAAGUUUGAAUAUUGGACAAAUAAUUAGACUGAGGUUGGAUCAUUAUCAUAAACUACUUGAUUGUGAUGAGUACACAGUAAGGAUUAGAAACUAUAUAUUUUUUUAUCAUUCAUUACUAAUUUGUACCAAGAGGUUAAAUAAAGUUUUUAAUUACUUUCAAAUUUGUCAUAUCUUCCAAAUACCAAAUUUAUUGCUGAUUAUAUAGAGACUAUCCUUGUGUAUUGUAUAUAUAGAUUAUAGAAUAAUACUGUUCAAAAUAAUAUCUUAAACAAAUAUAUAUAUUUCUAGAAAA